AAUGACUUAAAAUAGAUUUGCGUAGAGAUUUCUGGGUAAAGGUUGGUUUUCGUGAGAACAAGUUCAGCAUUACUGGUCGAUACGUUAAAGAAGAGAGACAGGAUAAUGGAGCCUGAUACAGAAUACAGUGACAACGGAAACACUGUGAGAGUUCGCUUGGGAAUAAGAGGACUGAUGCCAAACAGUACAUGUUGCUCCGACAUUACAGCAGAGGCGAGCAAUGCAACGAUUGACGGACCGCAUUUCAAUAACAGAGGUUAUCAAGUAGAAAUCAAGAUUAAUGGCCAAACCUACAGAAAGACUGAAGCUGAAAUCGAGCAUGCUAUUGUUCCUGAUCAAUGUUAUCACGAGGUGAAAAAAGAUGCUCUUCUCACAUUUCUGAGAAAGGCAAACCCAAGCCAGUCUUGGCAGGGCGUGAUUCAACAGGGACAUCUGUAAUGAUGCUGAAACCUUCGUCAAGUGAUAACAUUGACUUUAUUGAUGACUAUAUCUAAAAUGUAAUUUACCUUUAUAUUUGUUCAAGUUCCUAUGGUAGAAGUGUUUAAGUUAUUUGUGAAUCUUCAACAGAUCUAUGCAUACCAGCCUCUGGCAUCAUAAACGCCCACCUAUGUUUUAAAAUGAAAGACCCUAGUUUUUAAUAGAGCUGUUUUUUAAUCACUGAAAUCAGACAAUACUUACAUUUUAUGGUUUAGAUUAUCUAUUUCCGUAUAUCCGAAGUGUUUCUGGUCAUCCUGGUGUUUCUAAUGGCACGAAAAGAUUUUGCCAUAUUAUUAAAAUGCAGGUGCCUCUGAGAAGUAACGGCUAUGGAACUCUACUCUUUUGUACUUUAUUCAAACGUAUUACAUAUUUGUAGAUUAACCAAAUUUGGUGUCCAUUUUCACGGGUUGAAACAAGGGUCUGUGACUUUAAUAAUAAAGAAUCAUACAGGUGUUUUUGGUCUUGAAGUAAUUACAAAUAGGGUCAUAAUUAUAAACAGAACUCAAUCAUUUAAAACAUUUUGAGAUACAUUUGUGUGUUACUGCCAUAAUAAUAGACCCAAAAUUUCAAAAUGUGUUCCAAACAAUACAUGAUUUUUGGUGCUUUUUUGACCAUCUUCACAACUAUGCUAACACAAGCGGGAGUUAGCGGAUAUGACACAUAUAUUUAUGAAAACUUAAAAAUCAUAAAGUCAGCUUGUUUGGAAAUCACACAUAUUGUAGCGCCCCACUUUUGUAACAAGUGGAAACAGCCAAACAGUUUCACUCCUGGUUAAAAUACAAAUGUAAUUUUAAAAAAUAAACUUCUUAACCAUCA